AUGGCGUCUUCGGCGAAAUCUUUGGAUGCGGUUCGCGCGAGAGAACUGUACAAAUACUUUCGGCCCGAUCCUAAUACGAGUGCAUGUCACGAAGGGGGUCUGGUUGCAUCCCAAGCAACGUCUCCAGACACUGCCUUGACUGCUUAUGCUCAGCUGGUAGCAUGGCGCCUCAACUGUCAACGGGCCAUGAUCUCGCUAAUAGACCGUGAAACGCAAUAUUUUGUUGCCGAAUCUACCAAGACCUUGAACUUCUAUGACAAUUCCAGACAUACAGACCCUGCAGACUCGCUUUGGCUGGGAUGCUCGAGCGUGUCCAAGGAGGGUCGGUUGUGCGAGCGCACCAUUGCCCUCCCACCCAGCAAUGGCGAUUUCCCGUGCUUUCAGAUAACCGACCUGAAAGAAGAUCCGACGUUUUGCAAUCUGCCUUUCGUAUCGGGUGAACCCGGUUUUCGAUUUUAUGCUGGCACUCCGAUCACAACCAAUAAGGGUGUCAAUAUUGGCAGCCUUUUUGUUCUCGAUGACAAACCACAUCCACCGCUCGACCCAUUGGAAAUUGAGUUUCUGGGCCACAUGGCCAUGAUUAUUAUGCAGCAUAUGCAACUUGCUCGAGAUGCGAGCGAGAGGAGGCGGGCUCUCCAGAUGCAAAAAGGGCUUUCGGUCUUUGUCGAAUCGGGCUCGUCUCUUGAGCGGGGACAUAUGUCUCGCUCCACGUCUUAUGACGAUCUUUCGAAAGCCGAAAAAAAGAGCUCGACAUUGGAAAACACUCGACCCUCUGCAGAAGGCCUGACUGCUCCUCCCCCUUCCACUGGUGACAUCGUGAAUCCACAAACUACUUCAUCGGACGAUGGUGCAUUGGUCGAAAAGAAAAAUGCCAAUGCGCAGCCUCCAGUGUUGACGGAGAACGUUGUCUAUAAAGAUCCCGUCCAGGCGGCCACCAGUCAAGUCCCCGAAGCCGAGGAAACACUAAGCCAGACUUUUUCGCGUGCCGCUAAUAUUCUUCAUGAAUCGCUGUUUGAAGGUGAUGGCGGAGUCAUCUUCUUAUCGACCAAACCUGGCAUCACAGGAAACGACACCUACAGUCGAAGUGGCCUCGAAACCGGAGACCCGGCAACCCAGACCGGAGACGGAACUGUUUCUGUUGGCGAAACGCCAGGGUCAGCCGACAAUGUUUCUCGAGCAACUUGGGGCAGUGGUACUACAAGAGAUCGGUCGACUGAUAUCCUUGGUGCUAGAUUUCCGCGGAAGGGAUCUUCGAGGUCUUUCAUUCCUGUGGGUGAAGCGAUGAUUGCGAGCUUAGUGAAGCGUUAUCCGAGCGGUAAAUUAUGGCUGGCUGACGAAGACGGCGUGGCAUCAUCUUCGGAAGAGGAGGCGACCAACGGUGCUUUGUCCGGGCCAACAUCCGAAGAACAGCUAUCGCGCAAGGCCCGUCGAAGGGCAAAAGAAAAUAUUCUUCUGAAGCAUUUCUCUGGUGCUCGAUCGUUGCUAUUUGUUCCUUUGUGGGAUGCAAAAGCAGGAAGAUGGUUCAGCGCAUGUUUUUGCUGGUCCUUGAAUCCUCUUACAACAUUUACCUACGAAACUGAAGUGCUAUACACCGUUGCAUUUGGGAAUUGUGUCAUGUCUGAAGUGAGUCGGCUCGAAAGCAUGGCAGCAGACCAAAGCAAGACCAAUUUUAUUGGAAGCAUAUCUCAUGAACUCAGAAGCCCGCUUCACGGCAUAUUAGCAAGUAAUGAGUUCCUUGAGCAGACCAAGUGCGAUCCAUUUCAGCAGUCUCUUGUCGAGACGAUUAGCGCAUGUGGUAAAACCCUAUUGGAUACAAUCAAUCAUGUAUUGGAUUUCAGCAAGAUCAAUUCACUUGUAAAAUCGGAACGGAGCGCACGAAAGCCAAAGUACAGCAAACGACAUGGUCGUUUGGCAGAAAGAGGUCUUAUAAAAUCAAAUCAGGGUCCGCUGAAUAUUGUUGCCGAGAUAGAUCUUGCAAAGGUCCUCGAGGAAGUUGUGUGCGGAAUUUAUGCUGGUCAUGCUUUCCGUGAUAUGUCAAAAGAAGACCAGGCUUACCUUUCACGAGGCGGUACUAGCGCGGAAGGUCAAAUCAUGAAUAGGAGUGAGCCCGACGUUGAUAUCAUCCUAGAUAUUGCGCCUCACGAUUGGACUUUUAUUACUCAACCAGGAGCCUUUCGACGGAUAUGCAUGAAUCUGCUUGGAAAUGCGCUCAAGUACACUGAAAAGGGUUAUGUCAAAGUGAAGCUUGAGGCUACUAAGCUAGAAGAUAGCUCGAGCCAGACUAAAAAGGAAAUGGUCAAACUAAUCGUGUCAGAUACUGGGAAAGGAAUAAGUUCUGAUUAUCUACGCACUAAACUCUUCGUGCCUUUUUCGCAGGAGAAUCACCUCGCACCCGGGACCGGUCUUGGUUUGAGCAUCGUCAAAACUGUAGUGCAGCUACUUGAGGGACAUAUUGACGUGAGAAGCCAAAUUGGAAAAGGAUCAGAAUUCACCAUUACUCUUCCCCUUUCUCGUGGCACUUCAACCAAUGACAGUCCGUCGACGACUCCAAGUUCAACAAACUCUGCUCCUGGGGCCGGCGCUACCGAGCCUGACGUUGUCGCUGCAGUGGAAGAGGACGGCAAUGGGCUUAGUAUUGGCGUGCUGCCGCCUACCCUGUUUUCCCCUGGUUCAUCCAUCCAGACGAGGGCUUCAUCUUUAAUCCAGGACUCCAUGCUGAACUAUAUAACGAACUGGUUCCACCUCAAUGUCGUCUCCAACACGCCCCUAAACCCGCCCGUAUCGAUAUGUAUAAUUGACGAGUCGAUGCUCUCAUCAUUCUCUGCCGUCACAUUGAACCACAUGAAUAACGGUCUAACCCCGGCUCUAUUGGUUUUAUGCCGAAAUGGCUUACAGUACUCUCAAACCCCUAAAGUCUUCAAUGAUGGACGGGUGAUAGAAUAUCUGACACAGCCAUUUGGCGCGCAGAAGCUAGCUAAGGCUCUUCUUGUCCUUUUUAGUAGACUAAAGGAGAUGUCUACGAUCCCCACUGGAUUACCAAUAUCUCCAGAAACGGUGGAAGGGAAUGUAGUUAAUAUUUCGAGCGUACCCUCGGUCAGUGCGGCCAGGGAAAUGACUGAAGUGGUGCUUGAUGGGUCCCACGUCCGUCUUUUGGAUAAUGGUGUGGCAUUGGGACGUGAAGACAGUCUCAAUGCAAGCAGAGCACUCGACUAUCAUCCGCCAGAUUAUGACGAUCUGCCAGAAAACAAAGGAAAGGAGUUCCCCUUUGUUGCGGAGUCUACCCAACAGGAGUUGGACCAGGCCUCUACCGAGCCAGCUGUAUCGACUUAUUCGACUGCAACAACAUCUGCACCGUUCAAGGAUCAUCCGCUUGCACCUCAAUCAAUAUCUCAAGUCUUGCACGACCCCAUUCAACCUAGUGAGGAGCGCGAAGAAUCGUCAGAACGAGAUGACCGCACCCCGACACUCUCACCCUCGAAGUCUUUCUCUCCCAAAGUACUCUUGGUGGACGAUAACCAAAUCAACCUUAGAUUGUUGAGGACCUUUAUGAAAAAGCGAAAGUACGACUUGGUCGAUAUGGCAGUGGAUGGAUUCUUAGCCGUCGAGGCAGCGAAAAAGACAUGCUAUGACAUUAUUUUCAUGGAUAUAUCUAUGCCACGUCUGAACGGGUUUGAGGCAACUAGCCAGAUUCGAGAACUUGAGGAAGAGCGUCGAGCAACACAUCUACGGUCAGAUCAAGCCGGUCCUUCACCAUCACCCGCCUUUAUAAUUGCCCUCACUGGGUUAGCCAGCUCCAAGGACCAGAAAGAGGCAUUUGAAGUUGGCAUUGACCUUUUCAUGACCAAGCCUGUCGUAUUUAAAGAAGUUGGAAAACUGUUGGACAAUUGGGAGCAAAAUCGGUAA